AAUUUGUGCCGCAUUCGCCUUGUCUUUCGUUCGUAAAAGUCGUCCGCUUCGUGCGGUGAUUUGCACCUCCCGUGCAAACGUGAAAACCGAAAACCAUGGAAAAUUUCAUUUAGCUCUCGUUGAUCAUGUGCCCCGUUCGUUUAUUUUGAUUCCUCAGAUCGUCGUUUUCUUUUAAAUAUUCGUUUCAAUUCAAAAAUCGAUUUCUUUCCCGUCUUUUGUUUAAAUAUUUUUAUUCGUUUCGCCGAAGCACGAACCGAUUUCAUAACCUUUUUCAUCGUUUUUAAAUAGAAAUAAAUACAACCAUGGAGAGACCUGGAGAAAAUAAAAGAUUUGUGUAUCGACUGGUGUUAACUGGAGGUCCUUGUGGAGGUAAAACUACAGGACAAGCUCGACUAUGCACGUUCUUUGAGAAUUUGGGCUGGAAAGUUUUUCGAGUUCCAGAGACAGCUUCUGUACUUUUAAGUGGUGGAGUAAAGUUCACCGAUUUGAACGAGGAAGAAGGGUCGGUGUUUCAAGAAAACCUUUUGAAAACGAUGCUCCAGAUCGAGGACACGUUCUUCGAGCUGGGCAGGACCUGCCGAAGAAAUUGUUUGAUUAUAUGUGACAGAGGAGCUAUGGAUGCUUCAGCAUUCAUAAGUACGGAAAAAUGGGAAAGAAUUAUGAAAGACAAUAGCUGGAACUGCAUCGAGCUGAGGGACAACAGGUACAAUCAAAUCAUUCACAUGGUAUCAGCAGCUAAGGGUGCAGAAGACUACUAUACUACAGAAGAUCAUUCUUGUCGAUCUGAAGGAGUCGAAUUGGCCAAAGAAUUGGACACCAAGGCUGCCGCAGCCUGGGUGGGCCACCCCUACUUCGACGUCAUCGACAACUCCACCGACUUCGAGGGGAAAAUCAGGAGAAUGAUAGGGGCAGUGUGUCAUAAGAUCGGCUUGGACACCGGCGACCGAUUACUGUCAGACUCUAAGAAACACAAGUUUUUCGUCAGAGGUCCUCUUGUGGAUGAUUCCUUGUUUCCGCCAUUCCAGGACUUCGAGGUGGUGCACAACUACUUGCAGUCAAAUUCGCCCAAUCAGGUCAGGUUACGAAAACGCGGCCAAAAAGGUUAUUACAGCUAUAUUCACACCGUGCGGCGUCAGAACCAGCCCGGCGAUCAAGUGAUCGAGGUGAAAACGCAAAUCAACCACCGAGACUACAUAAAUUUGCUAACACAAAAAGACAAUUCGCACUUCACCAUCUACAAGAAACGGCGCUGCUUCAUUUUCAACAAUCAGUAUUUCCAGUUAGACAUCUACGAGCAGCCCAGUCAUCCCAGAUGUAGGGGUUUAAUUCUGUUGGAAACCUACUCUGCAUUAGAUGAUGAAAAAUUAAAAGCCACACUUCCAACAUUUUUAAAUAUCGAACAAGAGGUUACCGGAAAUCCGAAUUAUUCAAUGUACAAUCUUUCCCUAAGAGAAGAUUGGAAAAAUUCAAAAAAAUACCUAAAAAAGGGUUUCCUUGGCCCAGAAGAUUGUCCAACUCACGAACUCAAGGAAAAUGGCGAUUCAAAAUCGCCGAAUAUUUACGCCAAAUUAAACGGCCAUGCUGGAUGUAACGGGCUCGAAGGAAAUGUUUAUGAAGAAGUUUAAUGUUUACGAUGUGAUAACAGAUUUUAAAGGAAAUUUAAGUCUUUUAAUAUUAAUAGAGGUAUUUCUUAAUAGUAUUUAGAAACUGUGUUAGUGUUGUGUAGUGGUUACUACAAUAUAAGCGAAAAAAAACGGUGUCAGCGAUGGCUAUGAAAUGAAGGUCGCUGUCGUUUUAUAUGUAAAAUUAUAUGGAGAAGUAAACGGUCAUCGAUCGUCAUUUCCAAGCCAACUGGAUGCCGUUUUUUUUUCGAUUAUACGGUAAUAACUAAAUAUCUAAACAUUACACAACAGUUAGGAAAUAUUUUUAUUUUAUAUAUGUGCUUAAAGUAGAGGCGUUAAUUCGUAUUCUAAAUAUGAAAAUUUUUAAAUUUCUUUGUAUCAUUCUUUUAUUUAAUAUUUUAUUUUGUAAUUUUUUUUUAUUUUUAGCAUUCUCAAAGCAUUUUAGAUGUAUUCAAAAUGUCUGUUUGUUGGAAAUUGACUUAACUGUGAUUUUUUUAUUUAUUUUUGACAAGUAUUUAUUAUGAAAUCAAUUAUAAUAGAAUCAAUGUUUAGAAAAACUGUAGAAAAACAAAACAAAAAUAAGUUAAAUUAGACAGAAAAAAAGACACCUUAUUACUUAAUUUUAUUGUGUAAGUUACCUUUUUGAAAUUUGUACAUACUGAAAUUUUAUCAGCGGCGUGCAGUGAAAUUUUUAGAAGGGGAAGCUAUUUGAUAAGAUAUGGAUAAAGGUAAUAAAAAAAUGUCAAAAAAUAUUUUUGCAUACCUACAGACAUAAUAGCUAUGAAUUGUUAAUUAAAAAACUUGAUUUUUUUUGUCUCAAUUCCGCCUUCUAUGCACCGCACGUCCCUUAAUUUUAUUCAUAUAUUGACCAAUGUAAAACCUGUUUUUUUGACAGAACCUCUGUUUCAUCACUUUAUUGCAGUGGAUGUAAAUAUUUAUUGAGAAAAAAGUGCGAAUUCAGUUCUUCCUUUGAACCUCAAGAAAAGGACACUAAAUAAUGCUGAUAUGUAUUAUUUGUAUUUGUUUCAAACACAAGUACUUAAAUAAAGUAUAAUGAGUU